AUGUUUUUCAAUCAACUCUUGUUACGUUUGCGUGUCACACCGAGACGUUUUCCACAAGCCUCAGCACCUCCGCGGAAGGUUUGCACGGAUGAUCCCCUGACGCGGUGGUCCCAAAUGCUCCGACUGGGUUGGCCGAAGCACUGUCAUCUCCCACAUCUGUCCGUUGGUUUGGAAGGUUGUACCAGUGCCUUUAACGCAAUGAAUUCCAUACGUACUUGUAUGUUCUAUGGCACGGCAGUUCCACCUUCGUUUCUCUCGCUUUCUAAGGCAGAGGAUAUCAAGAACAUUCGCGACCGCCAGUGUGGUACAGACGAUGCGGGUUCGAAUCCGGAAACAACAUCACUGGUGCUUAAUCGCGUUGCCCAAUUCGGUAAAGAAGCGUUUUUCAGGGGGCAAUGGGCUGAGAACUUCCCGCUAGUGGCACUGGAAAACUUUACCCACCGGUCUCAGAGCCUUUUUACGUGUCGAAUCUCGUCGGUAGCGCGGCUGCUCAUCGGACAUGAGAACCGAGGUGUGAGCUCCAAGUAUAUUGAAUGUGAUAACGCGACUAUAUCAGAUGAGAGUGAUGGCCAAUGCGCUGACUGUGUUGUGUACGUACCCCAAUACGGCACGAUUAGCUCACUCAACGUAGUAACUUCCAUGGGUAUUGCACUCUUUUAUGCUUUUCUGGACCAGAAUUUCCCUCAUUCGAGAUCGUUGAUGACAGAGACAACUAAACGCGCCUUUUGUCCAAACACAGAUGAUGAACUGGAGGCUUUGCUUAGCUAUCAACGCUGCUUCCGAGAGCGGAUUCCGACGACCCAUGGCUACGGCGUGCCGUCCCGUAUUGACCCCCGGCCUAUACAUCCUCUAUAUUUUGGUAAAAAUGUGGAAAAUAUUAUCGAUACUCACAACCACCUGAGAAAACUUUUGCUUCGAGCCUGCUCCGAUCAACGUCGCCCUGGAAAGGGCCGUUGUUUCGGUUUGUCUGUGCUCUGCCAGAACGAAAUAGAUCUUCGUAACCUCGGGGGUAUUGUUCGUAGUGCAAAUGCAUUUCUUGUUGACAACAUCUUUUAUUUUGGCCGACGUAAAAUUAAUGUUGUUGGAACCGUUGGCACCCAGCACUACACACCACCAACUUACUUGGGAGACCUGUUUGAAGGGUGCGGAAGCAGUAUCGAAGACAUGGAACCGCAACUCAACCUCAUGAAAAAGCGUCUCGAUGAGGCAAACGUUCCCUGCAGGUGGUGGUUUUUGGAUUGUGGGCAUAAAUUUUUAUACUCUGCAAGUAGAAGCCGUGUAAGUGAUUUGCAAGACUUGCAGGGAAGUGGAGGUAGUCAGGCUGCAUUGGAGGCAGUGAAGUGGUACGAAACUCGUUAUUCCGACCCAAACUGCAUGUUGAGUUUAUGCGAGUCAGAGGAGACUUUAAGGGAAGCAAUACGCGAAGGGGUUUUGCUUGUCGUACCUCAAGAGGGUAUAUUACCACCGCUUCAUAUUCUUCAGCGAUGUGAAAAGAUUUUAACUGUACUUCCCCAUGAUUUCACCGAUACCGUUUCGGCAGGUUUGCCGGUUGCAGUUGCCGCCGGGAUCGCUCUGCAGCGUUUAAGUGCGGUGAUGCAUCCAAAUAUCACGACCCUGUAG